AUGAACAUUUACACGGCUGGGAUCGCCAUCCAGGAAUUCUUCAUCCUCUGUUUCCUCGCUCUGUUGAUCGUGUUCCAUAAGCGCAUGCUGUCGGGAUACCGGAAUCUCGAGCGCGGAAAUGGGUGGAAGCUGAUGGUCUAUGGCAUGUAUGCGACAUUGCUAUGUCUGACAACCCGUAUCGUCUACCGUCUUAUCGAGUUUGCCAACCCCAACCAGGCGGGUAAGACCGUGCUCAGCACCAAAGAGGCCCCGUUCUACAUCCUCGAAUGUGUCCCCAUCUUCAUCGGCAUGAUGCUCUGGAAUGUCUUGCACCCGGGUCGGAUGAUGCCGGGUCCCGACAGCGAGUUCCCCAAGCUCUCGCGCUCCGAGAAGAAGCAGAUGAAACAGGAGGCAAAAGAGGCGAAGAAGCAGGAACGCCGAGUGGGCUUUAGUAAAAAGUAUACCGCUGUCAACGACUCGGAAUACACUCUCACGCGUCCCAGUGAUGAGGAGCAUGAGGCUGGCUACGGCGGUGGACGCUGGCCCCUGAACGAGGUGGAAUCGGGACGAGGAGGUUAUGGCGGUCGUGAGUAUGGCUAUGUCCGUUGA